AUGUCGAGUACGCAAACUUUCAAGAUCGCUGCCAUCCCCGGCGACGGCAUCGGCACAGAAAUCACACAAGCCGCCAUCCAAGUCUUGGAUAAACUGGCUGAAGUGGAUGGAAGCUUCAAAUUCGAGUACACAAACUUUGAUUGGAGCAGUAAAGCAUACAAGGAGAGGGGAUGGUACAUGCCACCAGAUGGAAUGGCUCAGCUGCAAAAGCAUGAUGCCAUCUAUUUCGGUGCUGUUGGAUGGCCAGACGUACCCGAUCAUAUCUCGCUCUGGAGUCUGAUCCUUCCCAUCCGCAAGGACAUGAACCAAUACGUCAAUGUCCGUCCCACGCGAAUCCUCCCGGGCACCCGAUCUCCACUCUCGUCCUGCCAAAGUGACCCCUCCACCCUCGACUGGAUCAUCAUCCGCGAGAACAGCGAGGGAGAAUACGCAGGUCAAGGCGGAACAACUCACGAAAACAGCCCCCACACCAUCGCCACCGAACUCGCCAUCUUCAGUCGCGUCGGUAUCGAACGAAUCAUGAGAUUCGCCUUUGAGACGGCAAAAGCAAGGCCGAGGAAGAAGUUGACGAUGGUGACAAAAAGCAAUGCUCAGAGACAUGGUAUGGUUUUGUGGGACAAGGUUUUCUAUGAAGUUGCCGAGGAGUAUCCAGAUGUCGAGCAUGACAAGAUGUUGGUGGAUGCCAUGACGGUGCGUAUGGUCAACAACCCGGAGAGUUUGGAUACUAUUGUGGCGACGAAUCUGCAUGCCGAUAUCCUGAGUGAUUUGGCAGCUGCUCUGAGUGGCAGUAUCGGUAUUGCUCCCAGCAGCAAUCUGGACCCCACGAGAAAGCAUCCUAGUAUGUUUGAGCCCAUCCACGGCAGUGCUCCCGACAUUGCUGGCAAAGGAGUUGCAAAUCCAGUGGGUGCUUUCUGGAGCGCGGCUGAGAUGGUGAGGUGGCUUGGUCAGGGCAAGUUGGAUGGCACUGCAGACAAGCUCAUGCAAGCAAUUGAGAAUGUGACUAAGGCUGGUGUCAAAACGAGGGAUUUGGCGGGAAACAGCAACACCAAAGAAGUGACGGAAGCAGUGUGUAGGGAGAUUGGCAUCGUCUUCAAGAAGUAG